GGUGGUGCAUUUUGGAGCGAGAUGGCUAACAGAAACUUUCUGUUGCUCUUCUGUGGACUCUUCCUCUUAGCACUGAUUCAGCCCUCUCUUCAAGGAGGUGUGUAUGUACCACCCGGAGCUGGGGUUGGACCGGGAGGCGCCGGACCAGGAACUGGAUUUUUUUUCGGAACUGCUGGAGGAGUCCCUCCGGGCUAUAAACCAGCUAAAGCUGCAGUAGGAGGAUAUGGAGGUCGAGGUGUAGGGCCCGGCGGUCUGGUUCCAGGAGGCGUUGGACCCGGCGGUCUGGGUCCAGGAGGCGUUGGACCCGGCGGUGUGGUUCCAGGAGGCGUUGGACCCGGCGGUCUGGUUCCAGGAGGUGUUGGACCCGGCGGUCUGGUUCCAGGAGGACUUCCAGGAGGACAAGGUGGAAAACCCCUCAAACCAGGUUAUGGCAAUCUAGGAGCAGGAGGUUAUGGCGUCAGUCUUGGAGCUGGAGGUUAUGGCGGAGGUGGCCUGGGGGCUGGAGGCCUUGGAGGAGGGGCUUAUGGUGGAUAUGGUGGAGGCUCCGCAGGCUUCUUCCCAGGAGCUGGACAGAAAGCUGCCAAAAGAGGUGCAGGAGGCCCUCUGCUACCACAAGGAGGGGCCGGGGGAACAGGGAUCGGGCCUGGAGGUGCAGGGACUGGAGCUGCAGUGCCUGCUGGAGUACCUGUUAUUCCUCAGACGGGCCUUCCAGGAGGAGCCGGUGGUGCUGCAGGAAAGAAAGCUGCCAAAGUGCCAGGAGUGGGCGUGCCUGGACUUUAUCAAGGUGGACUGGUGCCAGGACAAGGGUUUGGCGGUCGUGGAGUUUUGCCUGGGGUGGCCACAGGGACUGACCUGAAUCCCAAAUCAAUUGGAGGAGGAGGAGGACAGGGAGGUCAGGGACCAGGAAGUCGUGGGUAUGCUGGGUCACUGCAGCCAGGCGUGUUCCAUGGAUAUCCACUCAAAUCACCCAAAGCACAAGGAGGCUAUGGAGCUAAAGCUGCUGGAAGCAAACUCCCCUUUGGUUAUGGGGGAUUCGGUGCUGGUGGAGCCGGUCUUCCAGGAGGACAGGGUGGUCCUGGAUCAGUCCCUGGAUAUCCUGUUGGAACUGGAGUAGGACCUGGAGGCAUCUCACCUGCUCAGGCUAAAGCUGCCAAAUAUGGAUUGGGUGGUCUUGGUGGUGUAGGAGGAGUUGGUGGUGUUGGUGGAGUGUAUCCAGGUCAGGUGCCCGGAGGUUAUGGAGCAGCCAAAGCUGCUAAAUAUGGAGUCCCUGGAGGAGUCCCAGGAGGAGUCCCAGGAGGAGUACCUGGAGGAGUACCUGGAAGAGUCCCAGGAGGAGUCCCAGGAGGAGUCCCUGGAGGAGUCCCUGGAGGCUUCCCAGGUGGAGUCCCUGGAGGAGUACCUGGAGGCUUCCCAGGAGGGGUACCAGGAGGAGUACCAGACAGAGUCCCUGGAGCAGUCCCAGGAGGAGUCCCAGGAGGAGUACCUUUAGGUGGUUAUUCCCCAGCAGCCAAAGCGGCGAAGUACGGGGCAGGAGUGCUGGGUGGGGCAGGAGGACUCGGCGUACAAGGAGGAGGACAAGGAGCAACAGCAGGGCUGGGGGGACUAGGAGGAGGAGGCAGUGCUGCUGCUGCUGCUAAAGCAGCCAAAUAUGGGGUAGGAGGACUUGGAGCUGGAGGACUCGGAGGUGGAGGACUUGGAACGGGAGGACUCCGAACGGGAGGACUAGGAGCUGGAGGACUCGGAGCUGGAGGACUCGGAGCUGGAGGACUUGGAGCUGGAGGACUAGGAGGAGCAGGACUAGGUGGACUCGGAGGGACUGCUGCUGCUGCCAAAGCUGCCAAAUAUGGAGUAGCAGGGCUCGGAGGAGCAGGAGGAACAGGUGGCCUUGGAGGACAAGGUCUAGGAGGAGCAGGUGGACUAGGAGGAGCAGGACUAGGAGGAGCAGGGGGACUUGGAGGAGCUGGACUAGGAGGGCUCGGAGGAGGUGCUGCUGCUGCAAAAGCUGCCAAAUACGGAGUUGGAGGUCUGGGAGGAGCAGCUGGUCUUGGAGGUCCUGGAGGACUCGGGGCAACAGGAGGACUGGGAGGGCUAGGAGGUGCUGCUGCUGCUGCCAAAGCUGCUAAAUAUGGAUUUGGAGGUUUUGGUGGAGCAGGAGGACUCGGGGGUGGGGGAGGGCUCGGAGGACUAGGAGGUGCCGGAGGACUCAAUGCUGCCAAAGCUGCUAAAUACGGAGUUGGGGGUAUAGGAGGCGCCGGAGGUCUUGGUGGAGCAGGACGAGGAGGAGCAGGACUGGGAGGAGCAGGACUGGGGGGAGCAGGACUGGGAGGAGCAGGACUGGGGGGAGCAGGACUAGGAGGAGCAGGAGGAGGAGGAUACUCUGCUGCUGCUAAAGCUGCUAAAUAUGGUGACAACAAUUCAAUACAGGAAAGACACUAUGGAGGAGGAGGAAGAGGUGGAGUUCCUGGUGGUGCAUUUGUACCAGGAUAUGGAUCUCUGGGUGCUGGUGCCAAACCACCAAAAUAUGGGGUCCCUGGAGCAGGAGCAGGGGGAGUUGGAGUCCCAGGGGGUUUUCCAGGGGGAGUCCAAGGAGGAGGAGGUCAGGUGCUGCCAGGUGGUGCCGGCUACGGUGGUUAUGGAGCUGGUGCUGGAGCCAAACCCCCUAAAUAUGGAGUCCAGGGAGGAGCUGGAACAGGAUUAGGAACUGGAGGGCUAGGAGGGACGGGGGGAGUCGGAGUAGGAGGUGGACAAUACUCUGCUGCUGCCAAGGCUGCUAAAUACGGUGUAGGUCUAGGCGGAGUAGGAACAGGACCUGGAGGACUUCCCAGUGGUGUGCCUGGAGGUGUACCUCCAGGUGUAGCAGGGGGUGUGCCUGGAGGUGGAGCUGAAGGGACUGGUGUGAAACCACCCAAAUAUGGAGACCUCUCUGGAGUGACCCCAGACACUGGCGUCAGCGGCGUUCCCAAUGGUUCUGCAGUCCCAGCAAAAGAUCUCAGUGGAACACCUCAACCAGGCGUUUCAAGUGGAAUUGUUCAACCAAGUGCCGGUACAAGUGUUGGAGGAGCAGGAGUUGCAGUUCCCUCUGGUGGGGUCGGCACUGGGGUCGGCACUGGGGUCGGCACCGGGGUCAAAGCACCUAAACCUGUCAUACCAGGAGUCGGUCCGGGCGCAGGAGGAUAUCCCUACGGUGGAGGAUAUGGAGUACCUUAUGGUGGCGGGACGGGUACCGGGCCUGGAGCUGCAACGCUGCCCGGAGCGAAGCCUCUCAAACCUCCAGUUGUGAGCGGAGCAGGAGCAGGCGGAGUCGGAAUCCCUCUGGCAGCGGGAGGUUAUCAAGGGGGAUACGUUCCAUACGGACAGGGUGUGUAUCCUGCAGCCGGGCUGGGAGGUGCUGGCGCUGGAGGAAAACCGCCCAAACCAGGCUACGGCAAUCUUGGAGGCACAGGAGGAGGUGGAGGAGGAGGAUACCAGCAAGGUGUGGCUCCUGGAUACAGAGGCGGAUACCCUCAGCAGUACUACCCAGGUGGAUAUGUACCAGCCCCACUGACUCCUCAACAAGCCAAAGCAGCGAAGUACGGUCCACUGCAGGGCUUCCUCGGUGGGGCAGGAGGCGGAGCGGGAGGAGGAGGCGUCUACCGAGGUGGCGUUGCAGGAUGCCAUGGCAAAUACUGUGGGAGGAGGAAGUAGAGGAUCUCCCGAGAUCCAGUGACCUCAAGGAACCAUGGUGCUACUGCAUGAUCGAGAAUGUACAUUUCAUAUGCAAUCAAAGCUCCGUAGGACCGCCUGUAAAGAUAUUGGUUUUUUUUUACAUACUUGACUUCAGUGUUUUUAUGGGAACCCACCGACCCUGAAUUUUGUACACGUUCUGAUGUGACGUAUGUUAAUGAUAGUGCCUUUAGACAUUCAUGUGUUAAUCAGCUUUAACUUUGUAUUGCACCUGCCUACUUGGACUACAAAAUCUGUGUCUCUGUUGCUAUGUGUGGCUGUGUGUGUGUGUGUGUGAGUGAGUGUGUGUGUGAGUAUCGUGCUGUGUGGACAGACGGUUGUACUGUUGUGUGAAAGACUGUCCGACCUGUCAGUGCCAGUGUGACUCCGUGACCUUUCAUAGUUAAUCCUGAAACAAGGUGACCCGUCUCACGCAGCUGCACGGAGCUCGCCGACUCGGUUCAGCUCGGCUCCGGCCAAUUCCCACCUGCUCUCAGCAACUCUGCAGACUGAAGUCGCUGAAGUUCAUUUUUACCUGCAAUUUUUAUUUAGCUCACUGAAAACAGUUGAAAACAACCUUAAGCUCAGAGAAACCAGCAUCACACACAGAGUAAAACCUCCAUCACAGUGAUUCUCCAAGGAUGGAUAAUUCACUUUACCUGAGGAAAAUCUCAGACUGUGCAUAAACUGAACUCACUUAUGAUCAAUAUAAGUCGACCUCUUACAGGUUAGAUGCUGUGAUUUGUCUGGCGAUGCUGAUUGUAAUCCUUGAACACCGCUAUUCGUCCGCUCCGAACUGACCUUUGUCUUCAGCAAGAGGACACUGAUCCAGAUUAUGUCAAGUCUUUGCUAAAAUGUGAACAUCUAACUAUGAGCUGACACUUCAGUGGGUUGUCAGCUCGGCUCGCUGGCACACACGCACAGACUGCCUACAUUGUUAAAAAGAAUGACGUCCUUCAAAAUGAAAGCAAGGUCACUGUGUUGUGCACAUAAUGUGUGCAGACUUUUAUUAGAUCCAUUGUUCCUCAGUGACCUGAAAACCAAAGGGCCGCAUGUGGCUGCACAUUGCACAGGUUUGAGCAACUGCGUCGUGCUCGAGUGUUUGAUGUCUGGAAUUAAGAGAUGGAGAGCUUCAGAUGUUUAGUAAGCUGGCUAUUGGUGCGCCUGGCUUUGACUCAUAGCUUCACUGUUAUCAGGAAUGCGUGAACACGAAACAAGAACAAUCAUUUGCUUGUGCAUUUAUUCACUGUUACUGAGUGUAGUGCAGAUUAAUACUUUAACGGGAGCGCCUGUGUGUUUACGUGAGGCACAAUGUCCUGUUGUUCUUUAUUUACUUGAGCUGCUUUUUAAAAAGAAAAGGCUUUACUGACCAAUGGUUCAUGAGCGCUGUCGCCAAGUGACCCCAUCUCUUUCUGUAACUGUGUACUGUAUUUUUACUAAUUUGAUGUUAGCUGGCUUCAGUCCCUUCACUCGGUGCUGUUUAAGAAGCGUCUGUGAGCCUCGCUGGGUCAGACUGUGUCUUAUGUAUUGUGGGAUACUCUUCACCUAUUUAAGACUGUUUUUAUAAGAAGGAACAGUGUGGUUUUGCACUUUUUAUAUUUCUACAACACACAUGUGACUUGUUCCCAGAUAUCCUGGCAUUUUAUUUGCUUCAACAAGUAACAGA